CUUGGCGUUUGCAGCCACGUCGACGGGAUAAGUGCGAGCCCAGCUGGGGGGAUAUAAUCCGCACAGCCACGUAGAAUCCGGGGCCUACGUUCAAGUCCCACUCGGCAUCGUUAUCGUGACCAUUUGGAGGAACCCGUUGGUAAGCCGUAAUCUUAACCCCAUCUCCCUCGCAUCUCUGCUAAUCUUAUUGUCUCCUCUCGACCCCAUCAUCGGGCCAUGAUGUGCAAGCUCGCACCAACCUGCGCUCAGCCGCGCUUUGCGAUCAGCAGCCAAGACCCGACUAUGGCUCCUUCGGAAAAUCCAGCCUUGUAGAAGUUUAUUUGCUGCGGGGACCAACAUGACGAUGCUUGUUGAUCUCGUAGAUAUAAAUCUCUGAUCAGUUGUCGUUCUAAGAUGACUUACCAUCACCAUCUCCGACACAUUCUACACAUUUAAUAAUAUAUUCACUAUCUACCUUACUCAUAAUCUCUCAUCACUUCUUUUUAGAAGCUCCUUACUGCUUAUAAAAAUACCUUCAAAGCUCUAAUCUAGCUUCUUCUAAUCAAUAAUAUCAAAGAUGUCGUCAUUUGCCAAGACUGCCGCUUCUCUGGCCUGCCUCGCAGCGGUCACGAUGGCGACUCCCCUUAUGAAGCGAAGUGAAUGGGACUGCCCAACGGGCAAGGUCUUCUACUCAUGCUCCAACGGAUACCGUGGGUGCUUCGAACAGGACCCUUGCGCUCUUCCUCCAGUUGCCACCACCUCUCUCGCCUCUCCCAGCACUACUACCACUUCCACCAUCAGCUCCAGCACUUCUUUCGUUGCUGCUGCUUGCCCGACCGGGACCAAGGGUAGCAUCUGGCAACCGUCUAUGUACAACCUAUUCCCGGAAGACCCCGACCACUCGGAGCCGUCCGUCUCUUUCAUAGACAUCUUUACCCAGGAGAACAGGCCACCCAAGGAACAGGCUGUUGUCUUCCGGGGCAUCCCGGCCGAGGCCAAGACGUGCAACAUCAACUGGGACCAAGCCGCCGAGUCGGAGCGCAACUUCACCGUCGACGGCAGCGGCUACGUCUCCCUCCUACAGCUGAACGGCUUCCCCUACGGCGAGCCCGUCUCCUCAUCCAGCGUAGCCGCCUUCGAGCCUGCGGGUGCAAACGCUGUGCACGGCGACUUCACCUUCUGGGACAAGCAGACCAAGACCGCCUGGCCUCACUCCAUCGGCCCCGUCAACUGCAGCGAGGAGAUCUACAUCCGGAUCGCUCUCGACCCCCUCUCCGGCUUCGGCCACCUCUUCAUGGACCAGGACAAGAAGAACGGCUUCCACAUCGACUACACGUGCUAAAUGAAAAGGAAGGAAAUAGGGGGUGUUUGCAUUACACCGGUACGGAUUCGGAAAACUCACUCAUUUACGAUCAUGCAUUAGCGUUGGCGUUUUAACAUGGAAUUUGCAUAUGAAUCACGCUCCUUUACCAAGAUUUGGGGGGAAUGCAUUUAUUUUUAAUUCAAUAAUUAGUUAAUAUUAUACGCAAAAUAUAGUUUUUACAUUCA